CAGGACCAGGACCAGUAACCAGUACUCACCAUGGCUCUGCGCAGUUCUCUCCAAAGCCCGGCUUACACGUCAACAGCUGCAUCUUCAAGCUCGCUUGUCACCCCGUCAUUGUCUCUAUUGGCUGAUCCGCCCGUACGUCUUGCGGAUGCAGCGGCGCUUGACUACCUGGUCAUUGAAAUGGUGCAUGCUCUGCGAGCGUCGGCGAGUGUUGCUACGGAGCGCGUCAAACGCGUUGAGCGUGAACUGCUGGAUGCCGGGCUUGGUCCUGCGCCAGCCCCGCCCGAGAAGAGCGUGACUUUGAAGGAGAAAGAGCGGUUGAAAAAGGAUGGGCGUGAGUCUGUAGGUAGUACACGAACGCGUGUGAGCUCGCUGGCGGGACAGUGUUACGGGCUUGAUACCAGCAUGUCCGAGGCUGAGGAAGAUGAAGAAAGCCUUCGCCUGCGGCUAGAAGCUAUUGGCGUGCAUGUGGGUGGAAACGUCGCGGAGCGGUUGUGUCGUGAGCGCCCGCGAUUCGGGGACACGCUUGAUGCCAUAAAGUUCAUAUGUAAAGACGUGUGGUCAACGUGCUGGGAUAAGCAAGUCGAUAAUCUGCGAACAAAUCAUCGAGGUGUAUAUGUCCUUCAAGACAAUCAAUUCAAGCCCAUUUCACGUAUUUCUUCUUACGAAGGGACCGCAGAUGCGAUCCGACGUGCGAAGAUUUAUGUCGCAUUGCCUGUCGGCAUAAUCCGGGGCGCACUUGCACGAAUGGGAUACCACGCAACAGUCGUCCCAGAAAUCCAACAUAUUCCUGCUUGUACUUUCCAGAUCAAGCUACCACGGAGUUAGCUAUGUCAUGGAAUAUCUAUUCUCGAUGCGGUAUAUUGUUGAACUGCCUGUACUGUCAUACGUGAAAUCGAAUUCGAG